AUGAGUGAAUUUCCUUCUCAUAAACAAAGUAAAGACACAAUUUCUGGAAUGUUUGAUCUAACAAAUGAUACAGACUUUACUAUUGAAGUUCCUCGUAAACAAAGUAUUUCUACUGAUAAAACUAGUAUUAUUUCUUCAAUAACAAAAAUAGAAAAGAAAGCACCUUUGAUUGUUAAAACAGGAAAAGCAUUUAAAUAUGAAAAUGGAAUACCAAUUAAUUUAGGAAAUGUUGCUAUUGCAGUAAUUGAUGAAGACAAAAUAUUUUCUUUAUUACUUUAUAAAACAGGAAAUGUAAUUAUAACAAAGAGUAUGAUUUACAAUAAUUUUCCAAUAGUUAUUCAAGAAAAUAGAUUUUGGUACUUUAAAGACAGUCAAGGAGUUGGAUGGAAUAUAAAAUUUAAGAAUGAUAUUGAUAGAUUACAACUUUCUAUUAAAAUUCUUGAAUGUUUAAGUCUUAAUUGUCAUCAUGGAGUAAUAUUAAAAACAUCUAUUGAUAAGGAAAAUGAAGAAAUAUUCAAUGAAAAAAUUAAAAUUAAAUACAAAUUAUGUUCAAUUGAGAAGGAAUUUUCAUUUGGAGAUGAAGAAAGUAUAGAAAUAGAAAUGACAUCACCAAUUGGAAUUUUAUUAAGAAGUAUUAAAUUCACUGAAAAUACAACUGCUAUCAUUGUUGGAACACCAGAAAAUUUAGAAUUAAUAAAACAUAUUGGAACACAAUUAAUUUGUAUUUGUAUUGAAAAGAUAGAAAGGUCUGAUUCAAAGAAGAAGGAUUUAACUAUUGAAUUUAUAGGAAAAACUGAGUUAUUAGAACAACCAGAACCAACAGAAACUAAAUCCACAAAAACUGUAUUAGAAAGAGUUUCUUCAAUUGGUAAACCAUUAACUGGACUAAUUCCAACAGUCACUGAUAAGUCAUUGAAAGAGUCAAAAGAGAUUAGUGAUGAAAGGUUCAAUGAGAAUGAAGAAAAGAAACAACCUAGUAGUGAGAAUGUUCAAAAAAGUAAUCAUCCAAAAAAGACAAAAGAAGAAUGGGAUGACAUUAAUCAACAACUUCAAAAUAUGAAUGAAAUGAUAAGAAGAAUAAAUACAAAACUAGAAGGGAAAGAAGGAGAUGUUGUUGGGAUGGUCAUAAAGUUAAAAGAAGAAAAAGAUGAGAUAGAACAAAAAGUUAAAGAAAAAGUAUUAGAAAAUGAAAAAUUGAAGAAAGAAUUAGAUGAAACAAAGAAAGAAGUUGAAAACUAUAAGAAAAUAAACAAACAACUAUCAAUUGAAGUUAAUGAAUUAAAAAACAAGAAAGAAGGAUUACAUAAAGAAAAAAUAAUUCAAAUCAUUGAAGAAGAAAAAAAGAAAGAAGUUAACAUAACCACAUUGUUUGAACAAAUUAGAAAAGAGUGUGAUACAGGAAUGAAGAGAGUCAUGCAAAAAGUAUAUGCUGACACUGUCAUUGGAAUACAAGACUUUGAUAAUAUUAAUGAAAUACAAAAUGUGUUGAGGUCAGUUAUUAAAGAAACAACACUUAAUGGCAUUCAAGAAGUUUUCAAACAAAUUGAAGAGAUUCAACCUAAAGAAACAAUCAACUUAGAUAAUAUAAUAAAAUCAAUACAACUCGAAUCAGAGGAUAUUGACAAUCAAUAA